AGCAAAUUUUAAAUAUAAAAGCAAAGACAAUUAUCAUCAAAAACAUUAACAAUCUUUCAGCGUAUAAACAAAGUUAAAAUGAAAAUUUCAGCUACAAUUAUUAUAUUCGCAGUUUGCAUUUACUUUAAUGCGGUCAACAGUAAAAGUUUAAAAAGUUACUAUGGCAACUCAAUUAAUUAUAGCAAAGGUCAACGAAAACCUUUGGCCAGUCCUUUGGGCAAUGGUAUCCAUGAUAACUAUAAACGUGCCAAACGUGAAACAUCCAAAGGUAUACAAGAUUUUCAGGAUGUUCUUAACACCGCCAAAGUGGAAUGUGUAAAAGAGAUGAAUAUGGAUCCCAGCAUUAUGGAAAAGUCUCUUAUGUAUGAGGAAUAUCCCACAGAUGAGGAGAAAUGUUUAAUGAUGUGCAUGUUAAAGAAAACCAAGUUGAUGGAAAAUGUUAACAAAUUGUCAACAAAUACUAUUGCUCGUAUUGCUAGCAUGAUUUCGGAAAACAAUCCGUUGGUAGUGUCCGUUGCUGUGGCUAAAGCUAAUAAUUGCAACACUUUGAUCAGAGCAAAUCAUCCCUGCGAGGCAGCUUAUCAGAUUAAUAAAUGCAUUGGCACUGAGCUAAAAGCGGCCAAAUUGAAGUUGUAUUAUUAGAACUCUAAAGUGGCAGAUAAAGUAAAUUAUUUUUUAUUUAAAUUAUUUUUAUGAAACAAAAUUCAAUUUAUACAUAUUUUUUAUAAAGAAUUAAAUAAUUUUUUUAUCAAUUGAACAAUUUAAAAA